CUUAUUACGCAUCUAAUACUGCAGGGUGGAGCACAUCUCCCUCGCGAUAUGCCGUCUGUUGUUGUGAUGGUGAGAGUGCUGUCCUUUGGCUGCGCGGCGAAGGAUUUAGUCUCUAAGAAGAUACAACCAACUGAGAUUUUUGAUAUGGUUUUCGUGAAUAGAUUUCUACCAGAGUUUCAGACGCUUAUGGUAGAGGACUGCACAAGAGCUGAAAUGUUACGCAAUAAAAAAGACCUCGAAGAAGAGCUUGAUGUUAGCAAUUUAUUGAGCAAGCCAUCAGAUCAGCUGAUUACGUUCUUGAAGGUAAGACUCAUAGACUUCGACAACUCAUUGGAUCAACAACUCAUUAGGCUAGUCGAGUAG